AUGACGACAUUUCCCGUGCUCCCCUCAGACGACGGGAGAUCACGCAGCAGUGAAAAUGAACCACGUCAGUGUGGGGCCUGGUCUCCCCUCAAGGCACAGUCAGAGAGCAGAGGCCGCACCAUCAUAGCAGGGGAGCAGGAGCAGCUGGGACAGGGCCCUUCUGUGAACCUGCUGCAUCGCCAGGCUGUGCGAACGGACUCAGCUGCCAGAACUCACAAAACAUCAGUAUCAGCACCGAAACCUCACAGGAAAAACGAUAUCAGUGGCAGUACAAACACCUCCCAGGGACUCCAGCUCCGGGACCCUCAGACUUCAACCACAGCACCAGCUCUUCCCCGGAUCUCCAGCUCCAUGACCCUCAGACUUAAAAAAACAGCAGCACCAGCUCAUCCGGGAAUCUCCAGCUCCACGAUCCUCCAACAAGAAACACACCAGCUCCUCCCCGGGUCUCCAGCUGCAGGGCCCUGAAACGAGAAUAUCAGCUCCUCCCUGGGUGUCUAGCUGCACGCUCCUCAAACUAGA